AUGGGAAGCUGGGCUAAUCUUGGACGUGGGGACUCCCGGGAAGGGACCCUUUCUCAUAACUCAGCUUCCAAUACGGUUUCUUCUAGCACACGACAGGGGGAUAAUCAUGCCUACCAUAGUGGGCCAGGUCACAUGCAGGAUGUGGAAGCAGUGGGUGAGGGUUUGGAUCUAAAUGUUACUGUAGAUGAGCAAGUGCUAGCUGUAGGCGGAGGAGAUAGUGUGGAGGAGCAAGUAGUGGGAAAUAUUGGCUUGGGACGUUCGUGGAGUCUAACUCAGAAUUCUGACCCCUUUAAUUUGGGUCAUUUGAUUGUUGGUACACAACGGAGUGGGGAAGGUAGAGCAAAGAGAAAAGGUACGCUGAGCAUGGGGCGGGAGGAAGCUGAACGUUGUAGACUUGGCAAGCGGCAGUGA